AUGGCCGCGGCUCCGGAGGAGGACGUGGACCGCAGACCGAUCCGGAGGGUUCGCUCCAAGAGCGACACGCCUUAUAUCAACGAGGCACGGAUCUCCCUGCACCUGGACACAGGUAGGCAGCGUGUGCACGGAGCUCUGCUCAUGUCUGGGGGCGUUUUCUCCUUUUCCUUUUCUCUCAGUGAUGACAGUGAUGUUAGCAUGUGUCCUGUUGCUGUGACCCUCACUGCCCCAUGCUCCUCUGCUGCACCUCUCUGGAGCUAA